UUGUUGUUUCUCAUUCAAAGGAUUAGCUUUUAAAGGUUGGACUUUAAUUGUGAUUCUUAAUUUAUUUUCAAUUGUCUAAUUUGAUUAUUUUAUUUUAAGUGAACCUUUAAUAUGUUUUUCUAAUGGUUAAUCAACUAGCAAUCGAAUGUGUUUACUCCAUUCAGGGAAUAUUUGAUUUACACCGUUCAAUGUUCAUUGGUUGAUAUUUGGUUAAUUCUUUUCUAUUAUGAAUUUUAUUCUUUUUUAUGUUUUUUUUUCUUGAGAGAAUAAUUUUCUUUGAUUAAUCUUUUCUAAUGAUUUAUUCUUUUCUACGUAAUGUGUAUCGUUCUUUUUUGCUAAUUGUGUAAUCAUAAUUUUUCUUCAAACUGUUGCUUCUUUGCAUCUCUAUUGUGUGUGUGUUUCUCUCUCUCUCUCUCUCUCUCUCUGGGUGUUUUGUCUUUUCACUUUAUGAGGAAGAAUAGGAUUGUAGGGAAGGGCAAUGAUCUUUUUGCCUUGUCUAUUACUUGCUCAUCUUUUGGUUACUUUGAGUACAACAUUUGGGUUUAUUCAAUCAUCAUCGUCACCAACAAUAAAAUCAUCAUCUAGUAUCAAGGUCCAUCCAAUUGAAGAGUUUACUUCAUACUCAAUUAUUGAGCCAAUAUUUUACAAUCUUUCUGGUGUCCAGUUAUCAAACGAUUUGUUCAAGUCAUUACCUUGCUCUGAGUUCCAUCGAUUAUCGUUUACAUUACAUAAUAUUACCUUCACUUUAGAUUUGAAAGAAAAUGUUCAUCUAAUUCCUGAUAACUAUUUUGAGUCAAUUCAUCUUAAUGGUUCACCAGUUAUUCAUCAGAAACAUCAAUUAAAGCCAUCAUCUCACUGUCAUUUCCAUGGUUCUCUAUCCGGUGAUCCUGAUUCUUUUUCCGCCCUCAGUAUUUUCAACGGGACACUUUCUGGGAUCAUUUCCUCUACCAACGAAACUUAUCACAUUCAUCAUGAUAGAUCGUCUUUGAAGCAUCUUCUUUUCCUUUCGAGCCAUUAUAAAAAUGCCAAUAAUUUCAAAUGUGGAGUGGAAGAUACAACAACCGAUAAAAUUAACCAACAAUUACAUUUGCACCGACCAAAAAGGUCAACUGAUCGUAAAAUACCUUAUCGAAGUAAUUCAAAAACUCGAUACGUAGAACUCGUUCUUGUCAAUGAUCAUAAAGAGUUUUUACAAUGUGGUAGCGAUAAAGAGACUGUGAUUGAGAAAAGCAAACAAAUCGCUAAUAUAGUCAAUGCGCUUUAUAAUCAACUUAACAUAUUCGUUGCUCUUGUUGGUGUUAUAAUCUGGUCUGAUUUUGAUGAAAUUACUCUUUCGUCCAAUGGUGAUACAACUUUAACCAAUUUUCUUCGAUAUCGGAAAGAACGUUUAGUUCCAAAACACCCUAACGAUAAUGCUCAACUCAUCACUGGGACUGCGUUCGAUGCCGGAGUUGUCGGUAAAGCACUGAAAGGACCAAUUUGCACCUAUGAAUUUUCUGGAGGAGUAAAUACCGAUCAUAGCGAAUUGAUCAGUCUUGUUGCCACCACUGUUGCCCAUGAAUUGGGUCAUAAUUUUGGCAUGGAACAUGAUACAAGCGAAUGUGAAUGUAAAAAUGCCGAAAAGUGUAUAAUGUCUCAUUCGUCGGGCCCUUACAGUCCUAAAAAGUGGUCCUCAUGUUCAAUCAAGUAUCUUAAUGAUGCAUUUUCCCGUGGAAUGGAUUUUUGCCUUAAAAAUGAGCCAAGGCAAAUAAUUGGUCCAGUUUGUGGAAAUGGAUUCACUGAGGAAGGUGAAGAGUGUGAUUGUGGCCUGAAGGAUUUUUGUGAUAACCCUUGUUGUGACCCUUCAACUUGUAAAUUACAAAAAGGAGCCAAAUGUGCAAUCGGCUCUUGUUGCGAUUUGAAAACUUGCACCAUAAUAGAAGCUAAAAAGCAACAAAUCUGUCGACCUGCAAACGGUGAAUGUGAUUUCACAGAAUAUUGUGAUGGAAAUUCUCAACUUUGUCCUGAAGAUCGAUAUGUUCAAGAUGGUACCGAAUGUGGGUCAGAAGAAGCCUUUUGUCUUAAUGGUACCUGUUCAUCUUAUAAUUCACAAUGUAAACUUCUUUGGGGUGAAUCGGGGAUCGUUUCAUCUUCUGAAUGUUUCGAUCAAAAUAGAUUCGGUAAACCAAGUGGAAACUGUGGAUUCAAUCGCAUCAAUAAAACAUACAUACCAUGUAAUGAGUCUGAUAAUCUUUGUGGAAUGUUACAUUGUACCCAUACCAAUGAGCGUCUCGAAUUUGGCAUGUACUCGGCUGCCAUUUUACACAAAACAUUUAUCACUCACGGAGAGGGUGAAAGUAAGACUGUACUUGCCUGUCAUUCCGCUGUAAUUGACCUCGGUCUGGACACCGUUGAUCCUGGUCUUGUGCCUAACGGAGCAAAGUGUGGUGAUGCCAAAAUGUGCCUUAAUCAACGAUGUAUUGGUGUUGAUAAGAUACGUCGACAAACCGUCAGUUGUCCCAAUGAUUGUUCAGGGAAUGGUUUAUGUGAUAAUAAGGGUGUUUGUCAUUGUAUGGACGGGUUUGGAGAGCCUGAUUGUGAACAACCAUUACCUAAAUGGUAUCAUCUCACUUUGGCGAUGUACAUUAUCUUCCUCUGUAUCAUCCCUCUCACAGCAUUUGCUGCAUUUAUCGCCUACUAUUUUCACUCCAACAUUAAAACUUGGUGGAUUCUUCGUGCUCGAAAGGCAAACAUUAAAUCUCGAGCUAAACAAUCAUCCAUCUCUAAAGUUCAACAUUUACCUCACAUGGAUCUCAAAUCGCUUAAAAUAUCUGGUCCUUUGACUAUCGAUUCAAAUUCCCAGGUCGUAACCACAACAACACCAUUGAACACUACAUCAACACUAACCACUUCAUCUAAUCCAUCGCCAUUAGCCAAUGGCAAUGGUAAUAUCCCUUGGGCUAAAACAGUAGCCCCUCCACGGCCUGGUUCUAAUGCCGUUAAGCCUUCACGUACAUCUAACACUAUUCACAUCACACCACCUCGACCAUCGGUACCACCUCCAUCGUCGCGAGUUAAUAACAUUGCUCCAGCUCGACCAGCUCCACCACCACCUCCCCAAUCAUCAUCAUCAUCAACCAUUGGUACUAAAACUUCAAAUACUUUAACCCGUCCAAAUGGUGGUAAUUUAUCUCGAUCUACAAGUCUACGAUCAUCCCGAGCCAACCUUGAAAGACCAAAACAUCCUCCACCCAAACCUCCUCCAAUAGAUCAAAAUGAAGACAAUUCAUCAUCUGACUCAUCAUCUGAUCCUCCUCCCAAUAAGAAUGACCUCCAACGUCCACUAAUGGACAAUCGUGAUACUUCAGAUAGACCAACAGCUUCACCCACACCCUCAAUAGGACAAGCAAGUUUCGCAGCUCGAUUAGCUGCACUUCAAGCCAGUUUCAAUGCUUCUCAUAAAUCAUCCUCAUCACCUCGCUCAUCACCUGCACCACAAUUACCACCAAAACCAUCAUCAACAACAACCAAUCCUAAACCUCCUUCAUCAAGAUCAACACUAGAAACAGUGAAAGGAUCAUCAGGAGUACAAAAAACUGGGAUUAACGAGAAAAACACCAGAUGAUGAAGACGGGGAGGCAUAUGAGAGAUUCAACUAGUCAUGCAAAAGUAAAGAAAAGGAUUCAAAAUAAAAAAUUAUAUCAACACACACAAAUAAAAAAUAUUAAUAUAAAUGUUAAUAUAAUAUAAAUAUAAUUUAAUUAUCUAAAUAUCUACAUAUUAAUAGAAAUCAUCAUAAAAAGCGCUUUUUAUAUUGAUACAUCACCUUCAUCACCAAAACCACCUCAACAUUAUCAUCAUCGUAGUCAUCCUUUUCUUCAUCAUCAAAUUCAGCUUACGAUCUGAUACAAUCCAAAGCUUGUCAUCAUCAAUUUAAUUCUUGGAGUGAUUUUGAUCACCAAACUCAUGAACUUCACCUAAAAAAAACAACGCAUCGAUGCAUAUUAUUAAUAUAAAGUUUAUAUUCAUCAUAUGAUUACCAUCAUCAUCAUCACCAACAUCCUUUAUUUACCACCCGAACCCUGAUCAACACCCAAAUGUAUAAAGUGAACGCUGUCAAUGUCACGGUUCCUCAAUUCUGAUUAUGGUUAAAUCGUUUUGAAUGGUUGACCAACAAUUAAAUCAACAACCAAGUCAAAUGAACACACACAAAAACAAAUCUAAUCUAAUCUGAUAUUUAGGUAGCUUUAAUCAAUAUAAUCCCUGUUAGGUGAAAUUAAGCAAAUCUAGUUGACUCCUUUUCUAAUCAAACCUUGACAACAACCUAAUUGUUUGCAUCGAUUGACAAUUUAUGAUCUGAAUGAUUAGCCAGCAAACAACAAUGGUUGACUUUUUGCCCUCCAAAACUGAUCUGCCUUUACGAGAAACAAUUAGCCAAUCAGCUGAUUGCCUUGCAAAUUAAAUUGACGUAAAAAAACUGACAUAAUAAUAUAUUCAAUUCAUCAGUUUAAUUGCUUCCACUGUAAACAAUUAAUAUCUAUACAAUUGCUACCGCCAAAUGUUUAAUUAAAUAUUGGAAAAUAUUUUCUAAACUCCAAAAAAUAAA